AAACUACAAAGUUGAAAGUUGAAAUACGCGCGUUUGAAAAUAUUGUAACUUAGAAAUUUUUAACACAGUGAUCGCAAAGUACGUUUUGUAACAAAAUCACUCGAAUUAUAUGUACAUUAUUACUUAUUUAAGUUACUAAUCAAGUUAAAAUGUAUAGUCAACUAAAAGUUCGGAGCUGUUAACACCAUAACAACUUAAAUACAUCUUAAUCAAUAUAACAUUAACAUUGAAUUAACAAACAUUUUUUAUUUUCAGAAAAUGAACCCCACCGUUCUAAUUGAAAGAAUAAAAAUAUUGGAAUGCCUUAAAUGCAAUUACGCUUUCGAUAACAAAAUUGAAUAUUUGAAACAUAUUUUAAUUCAUCUGAGUAGUAUUUGUUAUGUAAAGUUAAAAAGGGAGAAAAUAUUCAAGUGUGCCAAAUGCCUUAGAGUGUUUAUAUGUGAACAUGAUUACGCCCUCCACAAACUGAUUCAUGUGAAAGAAGAAGUCAGGUCACAACAAAAGGCAGAUUUAGUGUACAAUCCAAGAUACAUUAAGAGGUUUAAGUGCGAGGAAUGCGGCUUAAAGUUUGUCGAGAGAAGCACAUUGGAAGCUCAUAAAAUUUUACAUGAACCGUUCCAACACAUUUGCUUCUGCGGCAUCGGUUAUUACAAACAAAUUGAUCUGACAGCUCAUAAAAAUCUCGUUCAUCCAGAAUAUAAAGAAAUCGAGACAAACAAUAACAACAUUGAAGAUAAAAGCAAAAUGGUGACUAAAAGGAAGAUACAGUUGAAAUUGUCUAGACAUUACAAUUGUAAGCAUUGCACGGAAAGUUUUAUGGGUAAAGAAUCUUAUAACGAACAUCUCAAAACUCAUAUCGAAAUACCAUAUGAGUGUGCCACUUGCUAUGAAAGAUUUGACACACAACAGCUGCUACAUUUGCACACGGGCUUGCACACACUCUCAUGCAAUUUGUGCAACAAGACAUUCAAUAGCAGGCACAGCACAUAUUUGCACAUAAACGGCCACACUUCAGAAUUCAAAUGUGAUGUAUGCCACAAGAAUUUCAGAAGCAAGUAUUUCUUGGACAUACAUAUAAAAAUACACCAAGGCGUUUUAAAUUUCAAAUGCACUUACUGUGGUAAAGAAUGCUAUAAUAAAAGUGCUAAAACCUUGCAUGAGAGGACCCAUACGAAGGAGAAGCCAUUUGUUUGUAGGUAUUGCAAUAAACCGUUUGGUGAUCCAUCGUCCUUGCUACGACACAAACGUAUACAUACCGGUGAUAAAAUCUACAAGUGUAAUAAAUGUCCGAGAGCCUUCACAGACAUAAGCGGACUAAGAGGUCAUCAACCUUCACAUUCUAGUGUAAGGUACAAAUGCGAAAUUUGUGAGAAAUCUUUAAAAUCCAAACAUAAUUUAAAAAAUCAUUUCCUAACUGUGCAUAGCCGUUUAAGGAAAUAUGAAUGCCAUUACUGCGGUAAGAGAUUUAUAUUGAAAACAUAUUUGUCUUCUCAUAUACCGCGUAUGCACAAAAACCUCUUCCAAUAAUUAUAUAUAUACAUAUAUUAACUGAUCUCAAUGUAAAUAUUGCAUUUAGUGAAAUUAAAUAAAAGACUUAAUUUUUACCUUGUAAAAAGGUCUGUUGGCCCUUUGUAUGUUUACCUAAUAAGAGAGAUUUAUAA